GUAUCUAGUGGAUAGUCGCUGGUUCAAACAGUGGAAAAAAUAUGUUGGUUUUGACAGCUGGGACAAAUACCAGAUGGGAGAUCAGAAUGUGUACCCUGGUCCUAUUGAUAAUUCUGGACUUCUCAAAGAUGGCGAUUCUCAGUCUCUCAAGGAACAUCUCAUUGAUGAGCUGGACUACAUCCUUUUGCCAACCGAAGGCUGGAAUAGGCUAGUUAGCUGGUACACGCUGAUGGAAGGACAAGAGCCAAUUGCACGCAAGGUCGUUGAACAGGGUAUGUUUGUGAAGCACUGCAAAGUGGAAGUAUAUCUAACAGAAUUAAAACUUUGUGAAAAUGGAAAUAUGAAUAAUGUUGUCACACGAAGAUUUAGUAAAGCUGAUACAAUAGAUACAAUUGAAAAAGAAAUAAGAAAGAUCUUCAAUAUUCCAGGUGAAAAAGAGACCAGAUUGUGGAACAAAUACAUGAGUAAUACUUUUGAACCUUUGAAUAAACCAGACAGUACCAUACAAGAUGCUGGUUUAUACCAGGGACAGGUACUGGUGAUAGAACAGAAGAAUGAGGAUGGAACAUGGCCAAGAGGUCCUUCAACUCCUAAGUCCCCAGGUGCAUCCAAUUUUUCAACUUUACCAAAGAUCUCUCCAUCUCUAUCAAAUAAUUAUAACAACAUGAACAACAGAAAUGUGAAAAAUUCGAACUAUUGUCUCCCAUCAUAUACCGCUUAUAAGAAUUAUGAUUAUUCAGAGCCAGGAAGACACAAUGAGCAGCCAGGCCUGUGUGGCCUGAGUAACUUGGGGAAUACGUGUUUCAUGAAUUCAGCAAUUCAGUGUCUGAGUAACACACCUCCUCUUACGGAAUACUUCCUCAAUGAUAAAUACCAAGAAGAGCUGAAUUUUGACAAUCCUUUAGGAAUGCGAGGCGAAAUAGCAAAAUCGUAUGCAGAGCUUAUCAAGCAAAUGUGGUCAGGAAAGUACAGCUAUGUUACCCCAAGAGCGUUUAAGACACAAGUCGGACGAUUUGCACCACAGUUUUCUGGGUAUCAGCAACAAGACUGUCAAGAGCUACUGGCUUUUCUCUUGGAUGGAUUACAUGAGGAUUUGAAUCGAAUUAGGAAAAAGCCUUACAUUCAGUUAAAGGAUGCAGAUGGGAGGCCAGACAAGGUGGUUGCUGAAGAAGCCUGGGAAAACCAUUUAAAAAGAAAUGAUUCCAUCAUUGUAGAUAUAUUUCAUGGCCUUUUUAAAUCCACCCUAGUUUGUCCUGAAUGUGCUAAGAUAUCUGUAACCUUUGAUCCUUUUUGUUACUUGACACUUCCAUUACCCAUGAAAAAAGAACGCACUUUGGAAGUUUAUUUAGUUAGAAUGGAUCCACUUGCAAAGCCUAUGCAGUACAAAGUAGUUGUUCCCAAAAUUGGAAAUAUAUUGGAUCUUUGCACAGCAUUGUCGGCUUUGUCUGGGGUUGCUGCAGAUAAGAUGAUUGUUACUGAUAUAUACAAUCACAGGUUCCACAGGAUAUUUGGCAUGGAUGAAAAUCUAAGUAGUAUUAUGGAGCGUGAUGACAUUUAUGUAUUUGAAAUUGCUAUUAAUAGAACAGAAGAUACAGAGCAAGUUAUAAUUCCUGUUUGCUUAAGGGAAAAGUGCAGGCACACUUGCUACAGCCAUAGUGGUUCUUCACUCUUUGGUCAACCUUUUCUCAUAGCAGUGCCUAGAAACAACACUGAAGAUAAACUGUAUAACCUGCUGCUGCUAAGAAUGUGCCGAUACGUAAAAACCUGUACUGAAACUGAAGACACGGAAGGAUCCCUACACUGCUGUAAGGACCACGGCAUCAAUGGUAACGGCCCAAACGGAAUUCACGAAGAAGGAUCUCCAAGUGAAAUGGAAACAGAUGAACAAGACGAUGAAUCCAGCCAGGAUCAGGAACUGCCUUCAGAGAAUGAGAACAGCCAGUCAGAAGAUUCAGUUGGAGGAGACAACGACUCUGAAAAUGGAUUAUGUACUGAGGAUACUUGCAAAGGUCAACCACUCACGGGACACAAAAAGCGACUGUUUACAUUCCAGUUCAAUAAUUUAGGCAAUACUGACAUAAACUACAUCAAAGAUGAUACCCGGCAUAUUAGAUUUGAUGAUAGGCAACCUAGGCUUGAUGAAAGAUCUUUCCUUGCUUUGGAUUGGGAUCCUGAAUUGAAGAAGAGAUAUUUUGAUGAUAGUGCAGCGGAGGAUUUUGAAAAGCAUGAAAGUGUGGAAUAUAAGCCUCCCAAAAAGCCUUUUGUGAAAUUAAAAGAUUGCAUUGAACUGUUCACAACAAAGGAAAAACUAGGUGCUGAAGACCCGUGGUAUUGUCCAAACUGUAAAGAGCAUCAGCAAGCUACCAAGAAGUUAGACUUGUGGUCGCUGCCCCCCGUACUGGUAGUUCAUCUAAAGCGCUUUUCCUACAGUAGAUAUAUGAGGGACAAGUUGGAUACGUUGGUUGACUUUCCAAUAAACGACUUGGACAUGUCAGAGUUCCUUAUUAAUCCCAAUGCAGGGCCUUGCCGCUACAACUUGAUCGCUGUGUCCAACCACUAUGGAGGAAUGGGAGGAGGACAUUAUACCGCUUUUGCAAAAAAUAAGGAUGACGGGAAAUGGUACUACUUUGAUGACAGUAGUGUGUCCACUGCAUGUGAGGACCAAAUAGUGUCCAAAGCAGCAUAUGUGCUCUUCUACCAGAGACAGGACACGAUCAGUGGAACUGGCUUUUUCCCUCUUGACCGGGAAACUAAACAAGGUGCUUCAGCUGCCACAGGCAUCCCACUAGAAAGUGACGAAGACAGCAAUGAAAAUGAUAACGAUAUAGAAAAUGAAAAUUGUAUGCACACUAACUAAUGGAAGAACUAGAAGCCAUAAAAGAGACUUUCGUACAGGGGAUACCUAUUGGAAGAGUGAAAUUGCCCACCAAAUUAAGAAUAAAAAUCUGAGAUGGGGAAUUUCAGAUAACAGAAUGUAAAUCCUUAUUACAUUUUAACAUGUGCAGUACUUGAAGUGAAACAUUAAAAACUUAAACAGAAA